UAUUACAAAGCAAAAAAACACACGCGCGCGUGGAUAAGAGAGAGAACACAAGGUAGAGAUGAGAAACGGUUAGUCUCACAUAACCGGAAUUAACGAACUGGUUAUACUUAACCGGUAUUACCUAACUUAAGAAACCUGGUCGGAAGUCGGAACCAAAAGACAGACUUUUCCAGCUUUGAUGUCUCCGUCCAAUUUUGAUUUCUCUCUACGGUACUUGAGACUCUGAAAGUUAGAAACGAUACCAUCUUUGUAGAUCUCGGAUCACGUUUUCUGUAGGAUUUUGCGUGGGAAGUGGAUCAGAUAUGAACUGGGUACAACGCAAAAUCUACCUUUACAAUGUCACCUUCGGUCUCUACAUGCUUGAUUGGUGGGAACGAUACCUCUUCAAUGGUUUGGUGGUAGUCUUGAUGUGGUUCGUAGCUUACAACGGUACACGCUACUUUUCAGAGCUCUUCAAGAGGUAA